AUGUUGCAAUUCAAAUUAGUUUUGUUGGGUGACUCGUCUGUGGGUAAGUCUUCUAUUGUCCACCGUUUUGUUAAGGAUACAUUUGACGAACUACGUGAAAGUACAAUCGGUGCUGCUUUUCUAUCUCAGUCUAUCACGAUUCAUCCAAACGAUGGUGGGGAAGUAAAGGAUGUCAUUAUAAAAUUUGAAAUCUGGGAUACUGCUGGUCAAGAAAGAUACAAGUCAUUGGCACCAAUGUAUUAUAGAAAUGCGAAUGCUGCAUUAGUAGUUUAUGACAUCACUCAAGAAGAUUCACUACAAAAGGCAAGAAACUGGGUUGAUGAAUUGAAAAAUAAGGUAGGUGAUGAUGACUUGGUUAUUUACUUAUUAGGGAACAAAGUGGAUUUGUGUCAAGAAUCAGCUAGUACUGAACCAAGUCCAGAAUCCAAUAAAGGUGAAGAUGAUGAACAAAAGGUAAGAGUAAUCAGCACCGAAGAAGCGAAACAGUAUGCACAAGAACAAGGGUUGUUGUUCCGAGAAGUAAGUGCUAAAACGGGUGAAGGCGUUAAAGAGAUAUUCCAGGAUAUUGGCGAGAAAUUAUACGAUUCAAAGAAGGACGAAAUUCUGUCCAAGCAAAAUAGACAGAUUAACGGAAGCAAUAACGGGCAAGUAGAUAUUCAUUUGCAAAGGCCUUCCACAAACGACCCCACAUCCUGUUGUAGUUGA